UCUUUAUCUGUAGAUGCUAUAAGCCCGUUUAGAAUCCCAAGACAGACAGAUUCGGCUCUCCUGCGUAGUGCCUAUGCUCCUCUGUUGGGAUUGAUUCUCUCUCUCUCUCUCUCUCUCUCUCUCUCUCUCGCCAUCUAGCCCUAUAAAUGGCCGCGAGAGAUCAUAGUCCCUUCCACAGAAUUCUUUCGGAACCUUAAAUCCAAAAGAUCCCGUCCAGAUUGUUUCCAAUUCUAAAUCAUAUGCAUAGAGCUGUAAACGGAAAGAUAGAGAAAGAAAAAGGAGAUGAUGGGUUUGAGUGUGCAGUGGGUAUUAGACUUGGUGGUAGCAGGUAUUUCUUUGGUGAUUGGACUGGGUAUUUUUGCGUUCACUGCCUCCAUUCUUUGCUCUGCUGCUUUUUUCCACAAUGCCAAGGAAGCCUCUUAAUCUCACCCACCGUCCAAUUCAAGAAUUUAUGGCUGCCGUAACCAGAAUUGGCCUCGCUGUCGUGGUCCAAGCUCAAAGAGAUUACUUAGGAGCUCAGAGAUAUGAGAGGACUGACAUACUGUGAUCCUUCCAUACUGAAUGGUUCAGGAUUGCGAAACAUUGAAAGAUCUGAUUUGAGCUGUCUGUGGUGGUCUCCCUGCUGAUAUGAUUUCAGUAAAUGUAAAAAUGUUUCUUGAGUGACUGGUCCUGUCAACUUCUGGAGACAUCAUCUGUCCAUGAUGGGUUUAUCAGAUCUGUUAAUUUGUCUAGAGAGCAUUCUUGUUCUAUAUGUUGUGGAGAUCAAUCCUGAGUAAUUUAAUUAUUCAAUCAUACGACCCUUCAUAUAGAAACGUCUAUGCUCCUUGUUUGUUUGAUAGUCUCUUCCCUUUCAACCUCGUUUUUUAAUUUCCAUAAGUGUUCUACUGAUCUUUGAAUGUGGAACUCUUCGCCUUUAAUUGUAAAUCAAUAUUAUAUGAUAUGAAUGCUAAGUUAUUUAA